AUGAAAGCUUCAACCAAGGAACGGAAGAGAGCGGCCGACCGCGAAGCGCAACGAAUCAACCGUGCUCGAACUAAAGACUACAUUCAACACUUGGAGAAAACGGUACAAGUUCUGUCUGGCCAACAGGAAUCGGCGACACUGAAAGAGAACUAUACAAAACAUCACAAGCUGUUAACGGACCUACAAGGGACAUUGAAGAAGAUAGCACGACUUGCCAAUAGCGCCGUAAAUCAAGAUCUCAGUCAGACCGAAGAGCCUGCUGCCGAGGAUAGCAAGUCACAAAACAACCAGCAAAAGCAAUCACCACAUAGCGAGCUGGAAGAUCUUGAGGAUGCGACUAGGAGUGUUCCAAGAAUUACUACUAUCUCUCGGACAAAUCUACAUCCCGACAACUUCUUUGGAAUUGACUUUGAAUGCAGCGAUCGCGAACGGAACUUUCUUCUAGUGCUUGGGAGCGCCUUUAGUUUGAUACAGGCAUACUCGAAUGACCACGCACUACUCAAUGCCUCACCCAAAACGGAUGACGAUAUCUGUAUUCGUGCCGUUGUGGAUGGAUGGGAUGCUGCAGAGGACAGAUAUCCAUUUGACCCGGCCUGGAAGCUGCUUCAAGCUGUUGACCAGGGCCUAUAUUACAGAUGUGAUUCUGUCACACGCAUUGCUUUGUUACGAGGAAAGAUGGGCUUUCCUCAAUUCUCUAUCCCCGACUACAUGCGUGCUGGUCACAUACAAUGUACCAUUCCACAUGCACCAUUUCUUGACUUCUUACCUCUCCCGCAGUUUCGCGAUUACUGGAUUCUGAGCGGCAUCGAUUACGCAUCGGAGAGUUGUGCAGCGGAGUUCACGAAGAGAAUUCAAUUUGUAUGGCCAUUCGAAUUGAGGGACGUUUUUCUGAAAGAGGUGUCUACCGGGAACUACCUUUUCUCUCACGAAUUCGACACGAGAUACUACAGUUCGGAGUACUGGAUGUUCGACAGUCCUACUGCACCUAUGCCGCUUUUACCUCAGUAUGACACGCUUCCUGACCUUCACCCGACUACAUUGGAUGACAUUUCAACUCUUUGUGAAAAUAUUGCAGAGGAUGUUCAAUGA